AUGGCCAAGUGGCUGACCAAGUACUUCAGCCUGGGCAACAACAAGGCCAAGAGCCCCCCGCAGCCGCCGCGGCCCGACUACCGGGAGCGGCGCCCCGGGGCCGAGCUGCUGGCCGCGCACCGCCACACCUCGCCCCGCCUGGCGCCCCGCCACCUGUGCGACGACCCCGGCGAGCUGCUGCGCGCCUACCGCGCCCAGAAGGAGCGCGACUUCGAGGACCCCUACAGCGGGCCCGGCUCGUCCCUGCGCAAGCUGCGCGCCCUGUGCCGCCCGGAGCCCUGCGCGCCCGAGGAGCCGGCCGCCGGCUCGCCGCACCUCUUCCGCAGCCAGAGCGAGCGCCGGCCGCCCACCCCGCCGGACGGCCGCUACCUCUCCCCCAAGCACCGGCUCAUCAAGAUCGACAGCGGCUGCGAGGGCGCGGGGGGCUGCAAGGGCGCCGCCGCCCCGGCCAUCACCUGGAGCCCGCCCGCUUGUGGAGGAGAAAAGGACCUUUUGAAAUGCUUGUUACGGAGUUCAGAAGAGAGCGGCCCAGGCCAUCAGUUGCCUGGAGACAGGGUCUUGAUAGCAGAUGACUAUUCUGAUCCGUUUGAUGCCAAGAGUGAGCUGAACAAAGCGGUGAAAGGAGAAAACACUGGCUACAUGGAACCUUACGAAGCCCAGAGGAUAAUGAGUGAAUUUCAAAGGCAAGAAAGUGUGAAGUCCCAGCAGAAAGGCAUUCAGCUCUAUGACACACCCUAUGAACCAGAAGGCAAUGGUGUGGAGUCAGACACUGACAGCUUGGUGAGCCAGCGCUUGCGAGAGAGCAAGCUGCCACAGGAUGACGACAGGCCCGCAGAUGAAUACGAUCAGCCCUGGGAGUGGAACAAAGUCACAAUCCCAGCCUUGGCAGCCCAGUUUAACGGGAAUGAAAAAAGGCAAUCUUCUCCUUCACCUUCAAGUGACAGGCGUCGACAGCUCCGAGCGCCAGGAGGUGGCUUCAAACCCAUCAAGCAUGGCAGCCCGGAAUUCUGUGGGAUCCUGGGAGAGAGAGUAGAUCCAACUGUGCCACUGGAAAAACAAAUAUGGUAUCAUGGCGCGAUCAGUCGGACAGAUGCAGAAAACCUGUUACGGUUGUGUAAAGAAUGUAGCUACCUUGUGAGGAAUAGUCAAACAAGCAAGCAUGACUAUUCUCUUUCCUUAAAGAGCAGUCAAGGUUUUAUGCACAUGAAACUGACAAAAACCAAAGAGAAAUACAUCCUGGGUCAGAACAGCCCCCCGUUUGACAGCGUUCCAGAAGUCAUCCACUACUAUACCACCAAAAAACUGCCCAUCAAGGGCGCAGAACACUUGUCCCUGCUUUACCCUGUAGCUGUCCGGACCCUAUAACACUCCAAUUUCACUCCUUCCUGUGGAUGGGAGGUGACGAGCAAGCAACUAAGCAGGAAUUUAAUGCUGCAUCGAUGACCAGAACUCAGAAACUCGAGGUUGAAAUGGAGAUGUCCUGCCUUUCAUUUCUGAUGUGCGCUGGCUGGCUGAAAACUGUUAGCCAGUCCUGUGUGUGUGGUACUCUUGCACUACUGUGUUUCUAUUUCCAUGUGAUGAGACCAGAGAACCUUCCUGGGGGAUGUUUCUGUGAAUGAAAAAAUGUUUCCAAAUUCAAAGAACUGCCAUCAAGGGUAAAUAAAGCCAACAUCUUCUUUCAGUCAGGAAACUUCAAGGAUAUUUGUUCUUUCACUCUCCUGACUUGAUACCUGUGUAUGAUCAAAUAAUCUUCCACUGGUGACAUGCUGUCCUUAACAGACACUCAAAUGGAUGCAGAUUCUUUCAGGGCUCAAGGAGAAAUCAGUACAUGACUGGCUUAACGUGCGAGUCCUUGCAGCGCUGCUCACUCACCCCAUGUUUGUGUCUCUCUUCACGCACAGUUUGUCAGGAUGAUCCAAACACAGAAGUCUCUUGUCUCUCACAGUGUGACUAGGAGAUCUUAAUGAGUAAUUUUACAAUAGCAAAAUGUGUGUGAUUAUUUAUGAAUAGGGUAUGUAAUUAAAAUAGUGGUUUAAUAUAUAUAUUUUUAUCGUUUUUUGGUACAUUAAUAAAUCUCUGAGGGUUACUGAGUUCAUUUUGCAAGUGUCAUUCCUAGAUCAAGGCAGGCAGUUGGUUCUCAUUGUCCGCUAUGCCAAUGCAGCGGGCGCUGAUGUGUCAGCAAUGGCAGUAUGUCAUCUGAAUGUGACAACAUGCUGGGUUUCAGAGGCCACACUUCUUGUGCUCAUUUUAUCUGGGCAAAUAUUAGUCCCACUGGGGCAACUGACCAGCUGUAUCCAACAUCCUUUCCACCUCCGGCAUGGAAGAGCAUGUGAUGGAUGGGUUUUCCAGUCUCCAAAAGAGAUGUACAGUGUGUAGGAAAAUGUGGCUCUGUGUAUUAUGGGGAAUUCUUGAAACUUGCAUGUGAAGAGCCUGGUGCCCCUGCAUAUGAAACUACUACAGUCACUGGCAUUUCCUCCUCCAACAGAAUAUCCAGAGUCAUGGAGUUUAAGGCCAGAAGCGACCACUAAAUCAUCCCACUGACAUCACCCAGCGCCUACACACUAAACCUAGAGAUGGAAAUGAGACAGGGUCUUGCAGCCCCCCGGACACAAGACUUUCACGUGCUGCAGGCACAGAGCAGGAGGGACUAAGGGGCACCAGUUCCUGAGGUCCCUGUAAUGGGAGGGAAAUGAUUAAGUGAGAGAUACCCAAACAAGCCUGGCCAGUGACCCCCACCCCACACGCUGCAGAGGAAGGUGAAACCACCCCAAAGUCACAGCUAAUCUGACCUGGGGGAAAUUCCUGCCCAAGCCCCUGCAUGGCAAUCAGUUAGACCCUGAGCAUGUGGGCAAGAACCAGCCAGCUGAGCUCCUGAGAGAGGCUGCUCGAUGCCACCUCCAAGCCUGGUCCACCCUGCCCAAUGUCCCAUCUCCAGCCAGGGCCAUCAGUGAUGCUUCAGAGGAAGGAGAUCCAAAAAUCUCCCCCUGGCCCGAAUACACUGUAGGGGGAGGAAUCCCUUCCUGACUGCUGCAGGUGGCCAGCUGAAGCCCUGAAGCAUGAGCUUUAGGGUGAGCCCAAGGGCUGUUGGGCCCUGACCUCUGCCCUCACAAGCAACUCUGUCAUACCCCAUCUGUGUGUAGCUGUAUCUCAUUACUGUCAGCUGGAGAAGCUGUACUACCUCCACUGUGCAAAUGCAGCGGCCUCCCCAACUCAAGAGAUGGCUGGCACACUCUUUGUACUCCUGCUGAAUAGGAUAACUGACAAACUGUUUGCACGUGAAUGCUGGAACUGGUGAAAUCCAGUAGCCAGGUAGUCCUGAUCCUGGUCUGUCAUCACCUUGCUGUCUAGAACAUUCUGUAUUUACACGUCAGUGACUGGAGCAGAGAUUUGGUUACUUGCAGUUUACAGACUUUACAGACUGCAAUAAGGCUGUGAAAAUGUCUGUUAUUUAAUUGACCUUUCUCUCCAACUCUCUCCCCCUCAUACAUGCUUUGAAAUAAGUGCUGAUUGAGAAGUGUGAUGGAAUAAUCAUUACUCUAAUGCCUGUAAAAUACUGCCUCAUUGUACUGUAUAAUGUGAAAAGAACCUCCAGGAGGUUCCGUAAUGAUGUUUUGCUGCCUGGUGUUCCUUUUAACCCUAUCUGUUCCAGAUGUGAAUUGGGUAUAGAGAAUUCCAGCGUUAGUUAGAAAAAGUUUGUGAGCUGUUUGUUAAUACCAAGGAGAGCGCUGUGUAAUACCGUGGUCAGCUCAUGAACGCUGCGGCUGAAUCUGCAUUGCAGGAGCGUGGCUGUGGUUUCUUUACCCUUGAAGUAGGGGUUGUGUGAUGGUCUUUACAAAAGGCUGAACUUACCCUGCAGAUCCCUUGUUUCACUGCUCCUCAGUGACUCCCCCAGGACACAGGCAGGCAGUGGUAUCCCAGAUGUUACUUCUCAGAUAUGGGGACAUGGGGACCACUUUCAGUUUAACAUUGGGGCAGGUGGGGGUGGAGAGAGAUUGUGACUUGGGCUACGUGGGUCCCAGUGCAUAGAAAUAAGGACGCUUCCUUCCUCGCUGGAGCAGGCCAGAGGCGAAUUCCUAACUCCCCUCUCUGUUCCUCCAGAGCAAGGAGGAACCCUGGGAAGGGUGUGCCCGAGUCCCCCUGUCUCCAGGGGUGGGGCAGCUUACACACCAUGCCUGGCUCGGGGCUGCCCCAAGGCAUAACCUUAGCCUGGCCUUCCCUGGCAAUCCAGACGUCCAAGCUGCCCUUUUCCCUGUUUCGCAUGUUCAAAUGUGUUUUGUUUUUAUUCUGUGACUUGGCUCUCCGUGGGUUUGCAGUGGAAUAAUCAGUUUAGAUCCCCAUCUCUUCACCACGAUGAAGUGCUAAUAACAGGAGUCAGUUAAGGGAGAGCCUAGCCAGGCUUUUAUGAGCUGGCGCAUGGAGGGGGAGGAAUUGUCAAGUAGGGUUUUGUACAAGGGCCGGAUCCAAAUGCCAUUGAUGUCGGUGGGAGUGAUUUCCAUGAACAGCGGAUCGGGCCCGACGUGAUGAAUGCAGUCAGAUCAAACCCCUACAGCCAUGCGUAUAGUACGUAAUACAACUCGAGAAACAAACAGGCCUGGGCUACCUUAGAAAAUUAGGUAGGUUUAGCGAUGUCAGUCGGGGUGUGAAUAAUCCACCCCCAGAGCGGCCUGGCUAGGUUGACCAAGUCCCCAUGUGGGCAGUGCUAGGUUGACCUAGCUGCCAGCCUUCAGAGAGGUGGGUCACCUACGCUGCUGGCAGAGCCCUUCCCCUUGGCAUAGGGGUUGCUGCACUGAAGUGCUCCUGGAGCAUCUUGGUGUGGACAAGCCCUGAGUUUGGGAAAGGAAAUCGUCUCUCCAACCAAUGUUUUCUAAUGGG